GGCGUGGACGGCGCGCGAGACGGCGUCGCGCCGGCCGGCAUGACGCCCUCGGAGGACCACGAGCCAGGCCGCCCCAACAGGUGCCUCACGGUGCUCUACUACGCCUGGAAGAUCUGCUCGUGCCUGUUCUCGCACGUGGUGCUGGUGUCGCUGGUGGUCGCCUACUGCAUCCUGGGCGCCUUCACGUUCCGCAGCCUGGAGAAGGACAACGAGCUAGAGGUGAAGCGAAACAUCAGCCGGAUACGACAGAAUGUGACGGACGAGCUGUGGCUGAUGUUCGAGACGGUGCCGGUGCUGCACGAGGUGAACUGGACCAAGUGCGUCAGGAGCCACCUGAAGAGCUUCGAGCAGGACUUGCUGCGCUCCAUGAAGAAGGACGGCUGGGACGGCGUGGAGGACGAGCAAGUGGUGCAGUGGACCUUCGCCGGAGCCCUGUUCUACUCCAUCAUCGUCAUCACCACCAUAGGUUAUGGCCACAUAGCGCCGAAGACGCCAUGGGGGAAAGUUGUGACGAUAUUCUAUGCGAUUCUGGGAAUCCCACUCAUGCUACUCUGCUUGUCGAAUAUCGGAGACAUAAUGGCACAAUCUUUCCGUUUCCUUUAUUGGAGGGUGUGCUGUUUCUUCUGCACAAGAAAGCCGAAGAAAUAUGCUUCUAGAAGGACAAAAAGCACUCGUAGUAGCAAUCGACAAAGUGGCCGUUACUCAGGUCGGUCCAGGACUUCGUCGUUCAAAAGGUACGUUGGCACAUCGCAGAGGUCCGCGGACAGCGCUAUCGGCAUGUCCGAGAGCAUGACUCGAUCGUCCUACUCCGACACCGAAUGCAGGUACUUUGAGGAUAACGACAGGGAAGUCGCCGUGAACAGAGCGUCCACCCACUCCAGGCUCUCGGACACGACUCUGCAAGUGCCGACCUCGCGUCCGAGUCGCUCGGUGCCGGCGGAACCAGAAGGCUGCAAGGAGCCGGUGCUGUGCAACAAGUACGCCGUGGAGCUGGAGGACGCCGCGAGGUCACCGAGGUCACCGCGCAGGCCCAAGGAGCGGCCGAGACCGCCGGCCUCCCAGCAGGGCGGCUGCAUCGCGCGCCAGGCGUCCUUCAAGCAGCGCCACCAGCGGCUGUCGCGCCUGCGCGAGGACCCCGACUACGAGGACUACGACGAGCUGGGCCUGGUCGGCUACGACUACGACGACCCCGCCUCGCCGCCCACGCGCACCCGGCCCGUGCCCAUCUGGCUGUGCGUGUUCCUCGUCGUCACCUACAUCUUCUGCGGCGCGCUGCUCUUCAUGAACUGGGAGGAGUGGAGCUUCCUCGACGCGGCCUACUUCUGCUUCAUCACGCUCACCACCAUCGGCUUCGGCGACUUCGUGCCGGCCAGGCGGGUGCAGAAGACCGACGCCGGAGUCAGCAUCGCGCUGUGCUCCUUGUACCUGCUGUUCGGCAUAGCGCUGCUGGCCAUGAGCUUCAACCUCGUGCAGGAGGAGGUCAUCAACAACGUCAAGGCCGUCGCAAAACAUUUGGGCAUUGUGAAGGACGACGAAGAAGAAGAUGAGGGUGACUAAUGACUAGAGUCCCGGAAAAUUCGCGGGUUCAUUUCGUGUUAGGCUAAAAUUCAAAUAAUUAUACCUAAGUUUUGCUUCUGUCAUUGGUUCACUGUUAAUCUGGAGGACUGAGGGCCAAUUAGAGACCCUCACUCAUAGAUGUGUCGAAUCACAGGCCACCCAGUCGAGACGACUCACAAGUCAGCAGCCAAUGUAUAGUUGGCAUUUGCCCGAAUGUGUAGAGAAUAUUGGAGUCUAUCCUGGAGGUCAUUGAACCCGCGAAUUUUUCCAGUCCCUACUUAUUAGUAGAGACCCGUAAAAUUCGCGGUUUGAAUUACCUCUAGGAUGGACUCUACGAUCCUCCAUGUACGCGGGAAUAUUACACCAGCUCAUUGGCUACUGACUCUAGACACCUGCUAACUGGGAUGCUUACGAUUCGAUACUUCUUACGUUGAGGGUCAUUCAUUGGCUCACAGUCCUUCAGGCAAACUGUGUUCCAAUCACUGAAGCGGCAAUAAGUUACACGCACUUGGAUUCUAGCCUAUCGCAAAAUGAACCCGCGAAUUUUUCCUGUCUCUACUAAUAACUAGGGACCGGAAAAAUUCGCGUGUCCAAUUACCUCUGGGAUGAACUCCAUAGUUCUACGUACACUCGGUCAAAUGUCACCCACUCAUUGGCUGCUGUCUUGUGAAGGUGUCCCAAUGUAGUGGCCUGUGAUUCGAUAAAGCUUUGGUCAGGUGUUUCUCAUUGGCCCAGAGCCAUCCAGGUGAGUUGUGAGCCAAUAGCAGAAGCGGCACUGAGGUAUAACUAUUUGUAUUUUAGCCUAUCGCGAAAUGAAUUCGCGAAUUUUUCCGGUCUCUACUAAUUACUAGAGACCUGCAAAAUUCGCGUAUUCAUUCGGUGAUAGGCUAGAAUUCAAACACAUAUACCUCUUAGAUAAUUUUCCUAUUGGCUUACUGCUCAUCUGGACGAAUCUCAACCAGUUAUAAACCCUCAACCAAAGAAGGAUCGAAUCACAGACAAACCAGCUGAGACGACUUACAAGUCGGCAGCCAAUGAACUUGCGUUAUUUGCCCGAGUGUACAGGGGUGUAUGCAGUCUAUCCUGAAGGCCAUCGAAACCGCGAAUUUUGCAGGUCUCUACUAAUAACAAAACUGUUUGUACAAAAUAAUGUAAAUGAAAUAAAAGAUUUCGAUUUUUUUUUUCAUCGUGAGGAUUUUUGCAUAUUAUCAUUGAUGAACAAAUACAGGUACUCGUAGAUAUUUACACAUGGAUAAGGAAUCGCACAGCACAGAGUAUUGAAAACUGUAAACAUCAAAGGUGUUUGCUGGAAUAGCAAUGCAGAACCAAUGUGAAAUAGUUGGGUGAUUGCAGAGAGAUGAACACUUCUUUAUGACGGUAAUUCACUUUCGUGGUAAUAUUUCAACCCCGAAUAAAUGUGUUUGCAUCCGAAAGGCAACUGUUUAUUGUACAAGGAAUGAGAUCUUCAUUUUUUUUUUUUUUUUGCAUUUUGCAACAUCAUAAAAUCAUAAACUAACUAUUCAUAAAAAAUUAAUACCUUUUUAAUAAAUUUGAAUCAAAUUGAAUUUUUAAAUUAUAAAGUUUAGCUGCGUGUGAUUAUAUACUACUACCAUAUGGAGUAAAUGCUGCAUAUGAAUGUAAUGAAUCGGACUAAGUCUUUUAGAGUUUGUACUACCAGCAAUGAAUACCGACAAGUAAUUGUAUAUUACAGUAUGACGUAGAAUACACACUUUAAGUUUUUCAAGUCUACGAGUAUGUGAACAGGUGCCGAAAAUAUAAUACAUUGUACAUCAUCGGGUAAAAACUGCCAUGUUCCUUGAUUUAAUAUCAUUUCCUGUCUACCAUAAGGUCACGAGAUUAAACAAGCAGAAUUUCUGUACAAUAAAUAGGGAUUUUUAGGCUAGUGGCCAGUUUUAAAUAGAAUGGAGCAAGGACGAAGUAUUCUUUAUCUUUGCAGGGGAUUUGGCGACUAUUUUUACACACCUCACAGCAUAUGUCGCUAGGAGCAAGGAACAUCAUAGAAAACAGAGUAGCGAACAGCAAUAAAAAUUUAAUCUGUGAACAAGUAGUUGGGGUUUUUCAUUAGCGACAGAAUUAUCAAAAAUAAAACACUGAUAAUUAAGAAUAUGUAGGAUGCCAUAAUUUUAAUAAGAUAAAAAAUAACUGUAUAAAAUCUUGUCAGCCGUCCAAUAUUUUUCGCACCUGCAUAAAGAUUUACAAUACUACCAGGUGCACCAAACAUAAAAAACCAUACUUUUAAAAUUGCUAUAAAAUAAUUUUUUAAUAUUAUUAACUUUUUAAUUAAACUAUUCCCUCAAUUUUAAGAGCAUGUUGGCAAAACAUUCGGAUAGUAAAAAGGUG